CCGAUCCUCUCCCGGAUCCCAGCCGCGCCAUCCUUCGCGCGCUCCACUCAUUUGCAUAUCUUUACCUUUGCGGCCGAAGUGCAGCCAAUCAGCGAGCGCGGCGGCGAGCGCAGCUCCUCCCGCCCACCCCAAGGCGGUGGCAUAGCCGGCGCGACACGCCGGGAGGGCGCGUGAGUUCCCAGCGCACUGCGGGCUCGAGCUGCCACCUGCCGCGAGGGCGAGGCGAGCGCUCGGACCGCCGGCACCAGCCCGAGGGCCUCGCCGCUCCUGCCUCCGCUCGCCCCGUUCUCCCGCCGCGGCGAAGGGCGCUGGCGAGAUGGUUUGCGGAGGCUUCACCUGCUCCAAGAACUGCCUGUGCGCCCUCAACCUGCUCUACACGCUGGUCAGCCUGCUGCUGAUUGGAAUUGCAGCAUGGGGUAUAGGCUUUGGCCUCAUUUCUAGUUUCCGAGUAGUUGGUGUGGCAAUUGCAGUGGGGAUCUUUCUGUUCCUUAUUGCUCUGGUUGGACUGAUCGGUGCAGUCAAACACCAUCAGGUGUUACUCUUCUUUUACAUGAUUAUUCUCUUGCUAGUGUUCAUUGUCCAGUUUUCCGUCUCCUGUGCUUGUUUGGCAUUGAACAAAGAUCAGCAGAGACAACUUCUAGAGGUUGGAUGGAACAACACAAACAGUGCUAAAGAAGAUAUUGAGAGGAAUCUAGACUGUUGUGGUUUCAGAAACUUCAAUUCAAGUGAAACCUGCUCUGCUGCUUGCAUUAAAGAUAACCGAUGUUUAACAUGUGCACCUAUAAUAGAAGAAUAUUCAGGAAUGGUACUGAGAUUUGUAGGUGGCAUAGGACUCUUCUUCAGUUUCACUGAGAUUUUGGGAGUUUGGCUGACUUACAGAUACAGGAACCAAAAAGAUUCUCGUGCAAACCCUAGUGCAUUUCUUUGAUUGGAAAAUUUCUCAAGGACUGAAUCUUUUUUCCAGUUAAAAUAUGAAUUCUCUAGCAAUUGGCAUUUCUGCAUGCUAAGGAUCUGAAGGAAAAUGAUUUUCCUACAUGGAGAUGUUUGUGCUUGUCAUCUUUGGUUUCCCAUCUUGACCUCUGGGUUCUCUAUCUGGAAAUAGAUAGAUAUAUCUAUUCUGUAGCUGAAUGCAAUGUAAGCACUUCUGAGAUAGUUAAUUGUUAGAUCACAACAAUUGCUGCAGUCUACUGUUUCAAGUUAGUUUUAUGGCACCAGAAUGUAUUCCUUUCUUAGUGUGUUUUUUGUAGUUUUUAAACCCCAACCAAACAAC